CAGACUCUGCUGCGAGCCCGUGGAGGACUCAGUAACCUCGGCUGCCACCCAAGCUUCGUAUCGUAUAUGGACAGAUUCCUGGAUACAUAUUUUUAGAAUCGUAAACUUCAUCUUAUUCACUAUACAGUAUGCGGUUUCGGACGCAAAACUGCAAAUGGAUUUUAUAUUCUGAAUGCUUGAAUCAACGCGAGCUCUCUGGAGAACGUGCAUUUUCACAUACAGGAACCUCUCUCUGCUCCGAAGAAGAAGAAGCCUCACCUAGUCCAGGCCUAGCGUCUUCCCCUGCCGUUUUCCGGCUGAGAACCGAAGAUAGCAGAAUCCAGGUCUAGCAUCUUCCCCUGCCGCUUUCCGGCCGAGGACCGAAGAUAGCCUUCGCCUGCCGUGGUACGGGCCCUGUGCAGCAGACAAAUGCCUGACGAGGUCUCACCUGCGGCCACCCGUGUGUGGGCGAGAUCUGGACUGAGAACUAAGACGUAUACUAAGACAGAACGAAGUGUUGUGGCCCACAGAAACCUUCCCAUAUUCAAAAGCUGAUUACAAAAGAACUACUCAAGGGACACAAGGCAACUCUGAGUAUUAUUUCUCUACUAGCUCCCCCUAGUGUCUGGGAGUAAAUGCUUUCAAACACACUGUCGUAAAAACGAACUGUUGCCCCGCCCCCCUGUCGACGCAUCGGAGCAGAGGAACCGGCUAUUUGUAAUUAUGUCUAUCGAGGAAUCAACGUCAACCUCAGCCUCAUCCGAGUACAUUGCUCAGGCCAUUGGUGGUAGGCCUACAACAUCAAGGUCGGUCAGACAGAGAACACCUAGGGUUUCUAGGGGAAGGGGUGCUAGACUGGAUGCUGAAGAAGAGAGGAGACUGCAGGAUCUUCAGGAAAGACGCAUCAGUGAAAUGAAGGAUACACUUCAUUCACUAGACACCUCACAGAAGGACCUGAUCUUAGAGAGAGUGAUAAACAGGUCCCCGGGAGUGAUGUUUGACGUUCUGUCAUUUCUGGAGGUGCCCCUGCGUCCUGACCCAGACCCUGCGGGACUUCACUGGUGUGUCUGUGGAAACUGCCGGGAGAUGAACACAGACCAGGAGAGGAAAUGCUGCCGGCAACACCCACAGCAAUGCAUUAGCAAAAUGGCCUACAUGGACUUUUAUAUUUUAGAUGAGGGUGUGUUGCGGCUGGCCAGGGCAGCCUGGAACGACAUAUUUGCACUAGCUGAUAAUGCUGAACCUGGGAUAGAACAACGGCAGUUUAGACAUGCAGCUUACAGGCAGUUUGUCUUGUGGCAGCAUGGCCGCCUGGGUGUGGGCAACCGAGUGGUAAUACCCAGCUGUUGUGUUUGUAGAAUAAGGGACACUUUCCCUGACCCCAGAGGGCAGUACACCGGAUUCAGGGUGAACCGCCUAUCGUAA